AUGGCCGGAUCUGAUUUACCUUCGGACCCUCCCGGCAUCCAAAAGGCAUUUGCGCUCGAUUUAAAGAAGAGAGGAAAUGAACAUUUUCAAUCGGGAAAUUUUGAGGCUGCGGAGGUGUUGUAUCGGAAAGCUAUCACCUUCGACCCUCGCAACCCUCUCCUCUACACCAACCACGCCAAAGCGCUCCUAAAACUAACCCGAUAUCCCGAAGCCAUCACCGCCUCGCGCGAGGCGCUACAAGUUAUGGCGUUAGCGAAAGAUGGGGAAGUGGUGGUUAGUGUGGCUAUGAAAGCGCAUUAUCAUGUUGCGCAGGGGAUGAGGGGGUUAGGAGAGUAUGAGGGGGCGAUGAGGGAAGUGCAGGUUGCGAGGGGGUUUUGUGAGAAGGGGAUGGAGACGGGGGAGGGUGAUACGGGGAAAAGUUUAAAGAGCAUUUUGGAGUUGGGGUUGAGGUGUAGGAGGGAGGGGUGGGAGAUUAGGGAGGAGAAGAGGAGGAGAGAGAGGAGGGGGUUGGAGGGGGAGGUGCUGGGGUUGAUGAGGAGGGAGGGGAAUGAGGGUGGGGAGAAGGGUAUGGGGGGUUGGGAGAGCAAAAUCGAAGAAGUGGAGAGGGUAUUUCGAUUAGUGGAAACACAGGGGAAAGAGGGCAGAAGAAGGGAAAUGCCCGAUUGGGCUAUCGAUGGCAUUAGUUUUAAUGUUAUGAUUGAUCCUGUUAUGACCAAAACAGGCCAAUCAUACGAGCGAUCAAGUAUCCUACAACAUCUGGAAAGAAGUAAUACAGAUCCGUUAACGAGAGAGGUGUUGAGGAAAACGGAUUUGAGACCGAAUUUGGGGUUGAGGUGUGCUAUUGAGGAGUUUUUGGAGGAGAAUGGGUGGGCGGUUGAAUGGUAG